CCGGGCUCAGAGCCGGGUUGGCAGCCACGAGCGGGCGGGCUCCUGAGGGCGGCGCUCAUGCGCCAACCGAGCCCGGGGCGGGCGGCGCGGCCCUUUCGGCGACUGACGUCCGCGUCGGGUCGGAGUAGGCCUCUCUGCGCGCUAGGCCGUUGCCGGGCGACUCCGCGGCGCGGGAGGGCCGCUCCAGGCGGAGCAGCAGCAGCAGGAGGGCCCCGCCGCCGCCGCCGCCGCCGCCAUGCCGCUGCUCUUCCUGGAGCGCUUCCCUUGGCCCAGCCUGCGCACUUACACGGCGCUCAGCGCUCUGGCCUUGGCCGGCAGCAUCCUCAGCGCCUACCGCGCCCUCAGCCAGGCCGCCGAAGAACAACGGGAAGGCCCGCCCGAGUCGCAACAGCCGACGACGACGGAGGAGCAGCCGGCCGGGGAGGACAGGCCGUCGCCGGGAUUGGGGCCGAGCGGGGCGGAUGUCGCCUCCUACUUGCUCUCGGACGGCCUCUGCGUCUGGGUGCUCGUGAAUACUGCUUGCUGUAUUCUGAUGCUAAUCGCGAAACUAAUUCAGUGUGCGGUGUUUGGUCCUCUCCGUGUUAGUGAGAGACAGCAUCUCAAGGAUAAGUUUUGGAAUUUCAUCUUCUACAAGUUUAUCUUUAUUUUUGGCGUGUUAAAUGUCCAGACAGUGGAAGAAGUGGUCAUGUGGUGCCUUUGGUUCUCUGGGCUGGUAUUUCUCCAUCUCAUGGUUCAGCUUUGCAAGGACAGGUUUGAAUAUCUCUCUUUUUCUCCCACUACACCAAUGAACAGCCACAUCAGAGUCAUGACCCUGCUGGUGGCUAUGUUGCUUUCCUGCUGUGGAUUGGCAGUUGUGUGCGGCAUUUUUGGCUAUACCCAUGGAAUGCAUACAUUAUCUUUCAUGGCAGCUGAGUCUCUGCUUGUUACAGUGAGAACCGUUCAUGUGAUUUUACGUUACGUCAUUCAUCUCUGGGAUCUCAACCAUGAAGGCACAUGGGAAAGCAAAGGGACUUACGUUUAUUACACGGAUUUUAUCAUGGAGUUAACUCUUCUGUCGCUGGACCUGAUGCAUCACAUUCACAUGCUGCUGUUUGGCAAUAUCUGGUUGUCGAUGGCCAGCCUGGUGAUCUUUAUGCAGCUGCGUUACCUGUUCCACGAGGUUCAGCGUAGACUUCGCCGCCACAAGAACUACCUCCGUGUGGUUGGGAACAUGGAAGCGAGGUUUGCAGUUGCGACACCAGAAGAACUAGCAGCCAACAAUGAUGACUGUGCCAUCUGCUGGGAUUCCAUGCAGUCCGCACGUAAACUCCCCUGUGGUCAUCUCUUCCACAACUCCUGCCUGCGCUCCUGGCUAGAACAAGACACUUCCUGCCCCACCUGCAGGAUGUCUCUGAAUAUCACCGAUAACCGUCGUGCCAGGGAGGACCACCAAAGAGAGAACCUGGAUGAAAAUUUGGCUCCUGUGGCCGUGGCAGAAGGCAGACCUCACUUGAACCAGCACAAUCACUUCUUCCAUUUUGAUGGCUCACGCAUAGCUAGCUGGCUACCCAGCUUUUCAGUGGAGGUGAUGCAUACCACCAAUAUCCUUGGAAUUGCGCAGGCGUCCAACUCCCAGAUUAAUGCAAUGUCACAUCAGAUCCAGGAGAUGUUUCCUCAGGUCCCUUACCACCUCAUUCUGCAAGAUCUGCAGCUGACUCGGUCUGUCGAAAUAACCACUGACAACAUCUUAGAGGGCCGUAUCCAAGUGCCUUUCCCAACACAGCGAUCAGAGAGCAUUAGACCUGCGUUGAACAGUCCCUUGGAAAGGCACAGCGCUGAUCAAGAGGAUCCUGAAGAGGCUGCUCAGACUGAGAGAGUCCCUCUGAAACUUAAAUCACAGCUGGAAGAAAUGGCAGAGUUCAAUGAGAUGGAAGUGGACUCAGCCGAGAUGGAAGACUUUGAAGUGAGAGGGAGCCGUUUUUCCAAGUCGGCCGAUGAAAGGCAGCGGAUGUUGGUGCAGAGGAAGGAAGACCUUUUGCAUCAAGCUCGCAGGCGUUACCUCAACAAAGCUUCAGAUGAGAUGGGCUCAGACAUCCCCCUGCAGGCCGAAGGAGCAACUUCCGACCCCAUCACCUUGCGUCGCAGAACUUUGGCUGCUGCAGCGGAACGGAGGCUUCAGAAGCAGCACCCGUCCUAACACUCCCCUGUUUUGUCCUGGGUCGUCUUUCCCACACAAGCGACACAAAACCAUUCUGUGCCCUUCCCUGACUGCUGAGGGAGGGGUCUCUCCAGAGCUCGGCUAGCUGUGCUGAGGAUGAGCGAGCAGGCUGCAUCUUCCCUGUACAAAGCAUGUGGUAUCUAAUAAGUGUUUGAACAGCUGACAAAUUAACCUUUAUGGGGUCCUUUGGGGUUUUCUUUUUAAGUGUGACAUUGAUUCCUCCUUUGCAAAAACAAACAAACAAAAAAACAAAAGAGCAGCCUUUUUAAAGCCUUGGGCACGGACUGCUGCUUCACAUAAGUUUCAGGGGACGCCAGCUGACGAGCGCCACAUCCAUUCAGCUGCCUGCCAGUGUUCUAUUUAAACUUUUCCCAGAAGGAAAUGGAACAAGUGAGAAAAAAAAGUAUUGACAAAGUAUUCUGUCCAUCACUGCCAAGUCAUCACGCGUCUCAUCAGUGGUUUUUUUUUAAAAAAAGUUACAUAGGUCUUUGCAGACCCUUUUAGGUGAAGGUGGCAUUUCUAUGCAUCGGAGCACUGAGGUGACGCAGCUCCUGCCUUCUUGAAGGGAAGGACACCUUGAGAGCGGACGAUGUCGAGUUAAGUUUUAGCGUGGUGGCAAAUGAAGUGUUCACUCUUCUCAGCUCUGAGAUGGACCAUGCUUUGUAGACACUGCUGAACGACUUGCGCAGGAGGCCGGGUUGUUGUCCCCCUAUGCAUUUCAUUGCAAUAUUAGGCUGCUUGAAUCAGCAGUGUCCGUAAAGCAGAUGAACGGCUGUGAGAGCAUAGAGGUCUGUUCUGUCAGGCAGAGCGGGCACCAUCCAGAAAGGGAGCAGGGGGAGUAGGCCAUUGUUCCAGAGGACGGGAGCGUGCAAAAGGAUCUAUUUUUUUAAUCUUUCAUUUUGCAGUAAUACACUUGUGAGUAAAAUCAGAUUUGCCGACUGGAGACAGUUGAAGACUACUAGACAAUUUUUAGGUUAGGUGUGGUCAGACUUCUGCUGUAGUAUUACAACUGCCAUAAAUGGCGGUGGAGUAAUUUUAAGUGUUUGAGGAGUAGGAAUAUCCCUGUUCUUCAGAAGGUGCCCAGUGGUGUUAAAGAAAAUUAUUGGGGAAAAAAAUACCCUUUUAUUGCAGGUUUUUAGGAUAUUUGAAGGCAAAUAUAUAUGAAUCGCAUAAACAUUUAGGCGGAGAUAAUUUAUUUUGACGAAUCCCCUUUUGGGAAGCCUUACUUUGCAAUGCUGUUAGUUAACUUUGACAAGACAACUCUUCUUUUGUGAUUCGGUUUUGCUCAGAGCCACAGUUCUUUAUUGUUAAAAAAAAUAAAAUUAUUGAUCAGUGUUGGAAAA